GAAUUGGGCUGGCCCGCAACCAGACAGUUGGCGGAGUCUUGUGGCCGCUGCCGGAAAAGGGGAGGGUCGAGCCGGCGGCUGCGACGCCGGCCUGCGCUAAGCCUCUCGCCCGCCCUUGCCUCUUACCGCAUGGUGCCGGCUUCUCGCUAAGCUGGGGCGGCGAGGCGAGAGGGACGCACUGCCGGGGCGGCUCGGAGUCGAGGCUUCCCGUCGCCCGCACUUCCUCCUGUGGCGCCCGUGCGUGGCCGCCUCGGCCAGCGGGAUGGCGGCGGCGGCCCGGGGGAGUGGCCGCGCAUCGGCGCCCCGGCUGCUUCUGCUUCUGCUUCUGCUGCUAGCGCUGCUGUGGGCCCCGGCCGGCGUCCGCGCUGUCCCGGACGAAGACCUUAGCCUUCGGAACAAGGAACCGCCGGCGCCCGCCCAGCAGCUGCAGCCGCAGCCGGCGGCCGUGCAGGGCCCCGAGCCUGCCCGGGCGGAGAAAGGAUUUACACCAGCUGCCCCGGUUCAUUCCAAUAAAGAAGAUCCAGCUACCCAGACAAAUUUGGGAUUUAUCCAUGCAUUUGUCGCUGCCAUAUCAGUUAUUAUUGUAUCUGAGCUGGGUGAUAAGACAUUUUUCAUAGCCGCCAUCAUGGCCAUGCGCUAUAACCGGCUGACAGUGUUGGCUGGGGCCAUGCUUGCCCUGGGCCUGAUGACAUGCUUAUCAGUUUUGUUCGGCUAUGCCACCACAGUCAUCCCCAGGGUGUAUACGUACUAUGUUUCCACUGCAUUAUUUGCCAUUUUUGGCAUUAGAAUGCUUCGAGAAGGCUUAAAGAUGAGUCCAGAUGAGGGUCAAGAGGAACUGGAAGAAGUUCAAGCAGAAUUAAAGAAAAAGGAUGAAGAAUUUCAACGAACUAAACUCUUAAAUGGACCAGGAGAUGUCGAAACGGGUGCAAGCACGACAAUACCCCAGAAGAGAUGGCUGCAUUUUAUCUCCCCCAUCUUCGUUCAGGCUCUCACACUGACAUUUUUAGCCGAAUGGGGUGAUCGCUCCCAACUAACUACGAUUGUUCUGGCUGCUAGAGAGGACCCGUACGGCGUAGCAGUGGGUGGGACAGUGGGCCACUGCUUAUGCACCGGACUAGCAGUCAUCGGAGGAAGGAUGAUAGCCCAAAAAAUCUCUGUCAGAACCGUGACGAUCAUAGGAGGCAUCGUAUUUUUGGCGUUUGCAUUUUCUGCACUGUUUAUAAGUCCCGAUUCUGGUUUUUAACAAGCCGUUUUUUAAUUUGUAUUUAAAGAUAGGUAACUCUUGUCUUUAUGUACAUAGUGUGCAUUAUAACUAAAAGUGACGGAGAAGACAUAUUUUGUAGCAUUGAUUUGCCAGUUUGACCCAUUUAAAGAAAGUAUAAUGUCCAAAAGAAAUAAUCAUUGCUUCUGUUUGCAACAUGGAUUUUUAAAAGAAACCAGGUAUCUAAGUGUGGAUUUUUCUUUUCUCCAGCACAAUUAUGUUGAUACGGUCGCCUUUCUUUUAGUUAUUUGUGGGAGAGGGCAUACAUAGAACCAUUGUGCGACGGGGUCUACCCUUGAUUUUCUUUUAGUACUGACCCCUUUAUGAGGAAUAUACAUUUUAUCCUGGAUCACUGAGCUGUUUUUAAGAUAACGCCUUAACAUUUUUCUUGAGGGAGGAAUGAAUUGAUUUUUAUCUUUUAAAAUAUUUCCUUAAGCCAGUAAGCAGUUUAAUCACAAGUCUUUUAAAAAUCAGUUCUUUUGUUUUUGUUUUUGUUUUAAAGAGGAACAUAUUACUGUUAUAACAUGGCAAGAAUUGUUUGCCAGGUUCAUUCUCCACCCCCCACCCCACCCUUUUUUUUUAAUUGGGUAGGAAACCCAAUAUAAAAACAGUCAAUAUUUGACAACGUGGAGUUACUAAAUUAAAAGAGAAUACCGAGUGUAUUCGUAUUUUUUCUAUAUUGAAUAAACAAUGUAACAUAGAUACGAUGUAAAUAAAAGUGGUAUGACCAGA